AUGAAUUCCCACCACCAUGAGAAAAAGAAGCCGGGUCAUUCCUCCUUUGUAUGCAGGCUGUGCAGGAAAAUACAUUCCCUCAAAACAUGCCGUUUAUUCCUCCAAAUGAACACAAAUCAGCGAAUGGAUGUGGUCAAAAAAUACGGAUACUGUCUAAAUUGUCUGGCACACACACAUUCUCAAGGUUCUUGCUUCACCAAAACGGGCUGCAGAUAUUGCCAUCAACGCCAUCAUUCACUGCUACAUAUGCACCCCAGGUUAAAGAAGAAGACAUUUUCUAGAUCAACAAAGUCUCAAGCUCGAAGUAAGCCUAAUAAGAAGUCCGAAACAGCUUCAGCCUCAAAAAAUACUCCCACGCCACUCAGGCCCAAUGAAGCAGCUAAAGAAUCGUCGACUUCGCUCACUGCAAUACUCCGACAGAAUGCUGCCACCUUACUGCCAACAGCCUCGGUUAUAAUAAACGCAAAGGAUGGGAAGCAUUAUGCCAGAUGUCUACUGGACUCUGCAUCCAGAAUGAGUUCCAUCUCCAAGCCGUUCGUGGACAAGCUGCAACUUACAACGUUAGAACUGGAUAAUGAGACCAUUUGCCCCAUCACUUUGUGGUCCCGUAUUGAGGAAAAUUUCAAGAUAGAGACCACCUUAAGGGUUCAUCGACGUACAAGUACGAUGACUCCGAAAGAAUCGUACCCGGUGAGCAUAAAGUCGCACUUCCAUAAUUUAGUUUUGGCCGAUAAAACAUUCUACAAGUCUUCGGCUAUAGAUAUAGUCCUAGGAGUCGACAUACUUUCUCGAAUCAUGCGAGAGGGUCUUUUUGCAAGAGUUGGUCUUCCUACGGCCCAAAAUACUGCUUUUGGCAUGGUGAUUUACGGAACAUUUUCUAUUUAA